AUGGUAUCCAUAGCAGCAGAGUUUGAUUGCGUAAGUUGCAGAAUGCGCAUCAGAUGGGCAAAAGUCUCAAUUUCAUUUUGUAUGGUCUACGGUGGCCAUACAAACAUCCACGCCCAACAAUUUCUUCGACGGAUACCGUGCCCAAUAUUCAUGUUGAUCUGUCGCAGGAUACUAAUGAAUUUCGCGAAUAUUUCUGCGCCUUUCAGCGCCACAUGGGCAAUUGGGUGCUGGGGCAUCGAAGUUGUUAAAAGUAUCGCGACUUGCAGCAAUCAGGAUUUCCAGACGACGUGGAAUACCCAACGCUACGAUUUUAGCACAGAGUUUCGCCAAGUGAGAGAGUAUUCAAAGUCACUGCAUUGGUGGUUUGCCAACUAA